AUGGAAUGGUUACCACGAGCACGUCAGGUACUGCACACGUUGGACGAGCUUACAGCUGGGUUUACAAGCAUGCAGAUGGAUGGGCACAGCACAGCACAGCGAUCAGCACAGCACAGCGAUCAGCACAGCACAGCUCAGCAGCGCACGGCACCCUCCAGCCCAGUUGUACAUUUUCGUAUGGGCGGGUGCACGGCUGCAGCGGUAGUCAGCAGUCAAGGCAGCCGGGUGAAGCUGACGCCACAGACCUUGAAAAAAACAGGCAUGCGGAGGUGGAGCUGCGCGUCAGAUAUCGCGCCUGUAACUGCUUCAGAAGCAGAGUCGCUCGGUAACCAGGCUCGCCCCCUCCCACGGAAGCAAGCACUAACUUUCCUGCCUGCAGGUACCCCUCCGUCUGAACGACCCCUAAGCGGGGUUGGAAUCCACAGCAUCCACAUCGAACACGUACGGGCCAAGGAAGGGCAUCUGUACCCGGACAGGAAAACACAGCACAGCGAGGCGUGCAUGGGGUAUCAGGGGGUUUCACAGGGCGCAGCAGUCAAGGCAGCCGGGUGA